GGGCGGCUCGGGGAGGAUGCGGCUCGGCGCCGGCUGUGGCUAGCUCUGCCUCCUCCGUAGCAUGCCAGUGCGCGGGAGCGACGGGAGACCAGAACCCCUCUCUCACCAAGCAGACACCCCCCCCCCCCCCCGGCUAUCUUCCGUGGGUGUGUUUUUGGGGUUUUUUUUUUGUUGUUGUUGGUUUUUGUUUUUGUUUUUUUGGGGAGCUGAUUGAUGUGGCAAAAUGCCGUGCGCAUGUACCUGGGACAAUUGGAGACGGUGGAUCCGACCUUUAGUUGUGGUCCUGUACCUGUUGUCCGUGAUGGUUGCGGUUCCCAUAUGCGUGUGGGAAAUACAAAAGUUGGAGGUUGGAAUACACACAAAGGCAUGGUUUAUUGCAGGCAUCUUUAUGCUCUUGACGAUUCCCAUAUCACUGUGGGUGAUAUUACAGCACUUAGUACAUUACACACAGCCUGAGCUACAAAAACCAAUAAUAAGGAUUCUGUGGAUGGUUCCCAUAUACAGUUUGGAUAGUUGGGUAGCUUUGAAAUAUCCCAAGAUUGCAAUAUAUGUGGACACCUGCCGAGAGUGUUAUGAAGCCUACGUCAUUUACAACUUCAUGAUAUUCCUUACCAAUUACCUAACUAGCCGCUACCCGAAUCUGAUAUUAAUCCUUGAGGCCAAAGACCAGCAGAAGCAUUACCCUCCUCUGUGCUGCCUCCCCGCCUGGGCCAUGGGAGAGGUCUUGCUAUUUAGAUGCAAACUGGGCGUAUUACAAUAUACAGUAGUCAGACCAUUUACCACCAUAACUGCUCUCAUUUGUGAGUUACUUGGUGUGUAUGAUGAAGGAAACUUUAGUUUCUCAAAUGCUUGGACCUACUUGAUCAUAGUAAAUAACUUGUCACAAUUGUUCGCCAUGUACUGCCUGCUGCUGUUCUACAAGGCGCUAAAGGAGGAGCUGAGUCCCAUACAGCCGGUUGGCAAGUUUCUCUGUGUAAAGCUGGUAGUUUUUGUAUCUUUUUGGCAAGCAGUAGUCAUUGCACUGUUGGUAAAAGUCGGUGUUAUUUCUGACAAACAUACCUGGGAAUGGCAAAGUGUGGAAGCUGUGGCCACAGGACUCCAAGAUUUCAUUAUUUGUAUUGAAAUGUUCUUUGCCGCUGUGGCUCACCAUUACACGUUUUCAUACAAACCGUAUGUGCAAGAGGCCGAAGAGGGUUCGUGCUUUGAUUCUUUUCUUGCUAUGUGGGACGUCUCAGACAUCAGGGAUGACAUUUCUGAACAAGUAAGGCAUGUAGGAAGGACAGUGAGAGGGCGUCCUCGCAAGAAGUUUUUUCCUGAGGAUCAAGACCAAAAUGAGCAUACAAGCUUGUUGUCAUCAUCGUCACAGGAUGCAAUUUCUGCUACAUCUUCUAUGCCACCUUCACCGAUGGGUCAGUACCAAGGGUUUGGACACACUGUCACCCCACAGACGACGAUUCCUCCUCCACUUACUACUGCCUCUACCAUAACUACUCCUGAGGUGAAGCUCUGUGGGGAAGAUGCUGAUGAUAUUCCAGAAGAGAGGAAGCCUACAGAUAAGUCCCUGGGCCUCUAACUAGCGUUCAGCGGCUCUGCCACCACCAUGGAUAAUGCGGUGUCCCUUGGCUGGAGAUGCUAUGCUUAGGACAACUACAAAUCAUAGAGAAUUUCAACUUAAAAAUAGGGGGGGAAACAAAAUGGUAUAACUACUAUAUAUAUAUAUAUAUGUACAUAGGAGUUUUGUAUGUCACAAAUAAUGUUUAAAUUUCCUAGACUUGGGCUUGAUUUCCUAACAUUAGAACAUCAUAUAUCCAAAAACAGUAGAAAAAGACUCCAGCUGAAUGCUUCUGGCAUUACAUUGCUUUUAUGAAGAGGACAGAUUUAAGAACCUCAUUGCUUCCUGCCAGUACUGCAUGAAUGUAAUGCUCUGGGCACAAAGCAGAAAUCGGAAACCAGUUAAAUCAGCUUCAUCACCGUGUGCCACGCGGGCAUACCUGAUGACUCUCCACCAGGUAUCUCUCAAUAAAUAAGGACGUACUA